AUGCGUCCAUUUGCCAUUUUUGCCUUCUCGUCCAUUCUAUGCAUCACGCUCAUAGCCCUCCCGAUAAAUGCCGAACUUGUUUGCCCCAUAGAUAUCCCCUUAAGUACUUGCGCCGCAUGUCAAGCUGCCAUUGACUCGAUUUUUUCUCCAAACUACUUUAAUGGUAAUAUCCCUCCUCCUGAUAAGUUUCACCCAUGUGACUUUUAUAGUCGAACGGAAUGGGAAGUCAUCCGUCGUUGGAGACCCGGAACUAGCCCUUUUGAUGCAACUGUCCCCCAAUUACUCAAAGAUGCGUUCGACGCUGCAUGCUCAAACUCAAGUACGUGCACCGAGCAAGAGGCUAUCGAUGGAUCCAAGAUUAUCGAAACCGGAUGCGGAGAACUAGUUGAAGCCAGCAACGAUGCUGGAAUUGUAAAUGCUACAACGGCCUAUAUAAUACUUCGAAACAUUUUUCCAGAGAAAAAUGUCUAUUGCAACAAAGACGCGAAUGGAGACAAUUAUGGCUGGCAAAUUCUACGUGACGUUAUAAAUUAUGCAGCAACAAUAGUUCCACGGGGCAUAGCUGGUUUAAUAGUUCCUCCUAACCCGGCUCUCGUCUUUGUCACAUUCGACAACACGACUGGAAGCCCCUCCGUCUAUGGUAUUCCUGAUUCAGUUAUCUGUAGCAAUGCCUACAAAUACAUGCCAAAUUACUCGUUCAAGACAAUUGUAACGUUUUACCGCAAAAUGUAA